CCUUCGUGCCGUCAGUUCGAUCCGGUCAGUGGGACAACGAGCAUGAACCACCAACAACAGCAUGAGUCACCGUCGGUUUACUCAAUCGGUAGUAAAACUAAUUUGGUUACGAUCAAGUCGCGUGAUGCCUACUUCAAAAAAACACGAAAGAAAACAAUAUAUUUCCUGGCGAUAGCAUCAGUUUUAAUAGCGGGUUUGAUUGCCAGUGUUAUUACCCUUGGUAUUCUCUACUCAAGAGUGAAGGCUGCCCAGCCCAUAUGCGACACCGAAGAGUGUGUCAGAAUCGCUGCAAGUUUAAAAGAGUCUAUGGACACGUCUAUAGAUCCGUGUGAAAACUUUUACCAAUACGCGUGCGGAAGGUGGUCGGAGAAUCAUCCGACGCCGGACACCAGUAUGAUGUACUCGUGGUUCAGUGAGAGAUCGGACAAAGUUACGUGGAAAGUUCGAAAGCUUUUGAGGGAAAAUUUGACUGACGUACCUUGGGCCGUUUCACAGGCUAAAAUGCUGUACAAGAGUUGUGUUCAUACUGCCUUCAUGGAUUCCCUCGGACUCACUCCGCUGUUGAAUCUCCUGAAAGAACUAGAUUUGCCACAAGUGCCUGCCGUUCUCGGUAAAGAGGAUGGGAAUUUCAUCGAAAAAAUCGGAAGGAUCAGGCGGGUCCUCGGGAAGGAUGUGUUCAUCGGAUUCAGUGUCAUUCCUGAUCCCAGGAAUCAUAGCCGAAAUGUCAUCAUUCUGGAUACACCUUCGUCAGUGAGUCCUCUGCCUGGAGACAGAGAGAUUGAAAGGAGAUUGAAAACUAUCCGAACUAGAAUGGCCAGAUCAGCAUUAUAUGGGGAGGAGGAGGAGGAAAUAAUGCAUCCAGCGGAACUAGAGAAAGCUUAUAUCGCGGCGGUACUGAGAGAAGUAAUCAGGAAUGGUACUUCCUCGUCCUGCAGUUCGUCUAAUGUAAUUUUAUCGGAAGACGAUCCGAUUGCCAAAGCGGUGAACAGUAUAUACGAGCUGACUGCGAUGUUCUAUUAUAUGGCUCGAGAAGAUAGAAAUGAAACACUGACCGAAGAAGACGUCAGGGAUGAGGACUACAUGCUCGUGGAUGAUCUCCAGAAACUGACUGAUAGUUAUGUAAAACAUGAAAAUUGUUCGUUGACUCCGCGAAAAAUCUGGCGGCCGUAUAUCGAAGAAAUAUUCCGCGGCGUUGUCGAGUUGGAUUUGGAUAACAGGGACAAAAUCCUUGUCGCGAAUUUGGGAUACAUGAAAGAUCUGGCUGUUCUGUUAGCCACUACUGACGACGAUAAAUUGGAGAGCGCUGUGUGGUGGACCGUCGUGGACCUCGUUGCUCCCCAUUCCUCGACCAAUUUGAGACGAAUUUGGUCCGAGUAUAUUAACAAGUUGAUACACAUCGAGGACUCGACGCCGAGGUCUAUACACUGUGCUGAAGUAGUUGAUUAUAUGAUGGGAAUGGCAGUUUCCUGGCUGUUUGUCGAUCCGAAAUUCUCCACCGAGACUGCUCCCAAAGUCGCGGAGAUGCUGGAACACAUCCGAACAUCAUUUGCUUCCCUAGUGACGACUACAGCCUGGAUGGACCAGAAAACCAAGCUUUCCACCCUCGAAAAAUCGAAAAAAAUGGUGUACGUCAUAGGGCAUCCGGAUUGGCUGUUCGAUGAAAAAAUCUUGAAUGAAUACUACGAAGGGAUAGAAAUGAGGGAUGACAGUUACUUCGACAAUAUGCUGUCGAUAGCACGAGUGAUCAGCAAAACGGUGAUAGAGGAAGUCCACCAAUCGAAUGAAAUGAAUGAGACAUAUUGGGCCACGGGACCCACAGAUGUGAACGCUAUCUACACAGUCGUCGCCAAUCACAUAACAAUACCCGCUGCAAUUCUGCAAUUUCCAUUCUAUGAGUUGGGCCUGGAAGCGUUGAAUUACGGAGCGAUUGGAACUAUUCUGGGCCAUGAAUUGACGCACGGCUUCGACAAUAGUGGCCGGCUCUAUGAUGGGGAUGGAAAUCUUCGGCAAUGGUGGAGCAAUGACACGAUCCUAGAGUAUAAGGACAAGGUGGAGUGCUUCGUCCAACAUUACGGAAGCUACUACGAAGAGGAGGUGGAUGAGCACGUUGAUGGUCAACUGACCUUGGACGAGAAUAUUGCGGACAACGGUGGUCUUCGUGAAGCCGUCCUCGCAUAUAACAGUUGGAAGGCCCAACACGGUCAAGAGCCCAUGCUGCCGGGUUUCACUCAUCUGACCCACGAGCAGUUGUUAUUUUUAGCCUUUGCUCACUUGUGGUGCGGAGCUUACACUCCCGAGUCCCUGAGGUGGAUGCUCGAAGAUUCACAUUCACCAGGACAUGUGAGAUUGAAAGCGGUGUUGACUAAUUCGGAGGAGUUCAGUGAGGCAUGGCAGUGUCCUGUCGGAUCACCAAUGAAUCCACGGAAGAAGUGCCGCAUUUGGUGAAUAUCAUCCAAUUCCAAAGACAUUGUGAUGAGAGUGCAAGUUGAAAAUGUUUUUAAUAAA